GCAACUGCAGCUGGACAGACCAAGGCAGGACUGUCAAUCUCCAAGACCUUUAUAAUGGGCAUUCUUGGGGGCGCGUUUAUUGGCUUUGGGAGCUUCCUGGCCCUUUCUGUGGGUGGUGCGUGCCCUGGCCUGGCAUCCACGAACCCAGGGCUCCAGAAGAUGGUGUACGGCGCCUUUGGCCUGCCCUUUGGCCUACUGCUGGUGCUCAUGUGCGGCGCCGAGCUCUUCACUGGCAACACGGCCCUCGUCACUGCCUCUGUGUUUGAGGGGAAGGCAUCGCUCAACCAGCUGGCAAAGAACUGGUUCUUCUCCUACCUGGGCAAUUUUGUGGGCUCCCUGCUGAUGGUGUACCUCGUGGUGUCCACGGGGCUGCUCGCCACAGCUGCUGCGCCCCUGAAUGUUGCGGGUGUAUGUAUAUGUUUGCGGCAGGCAUUCACCCGCGGCAUCCUGUGCAACUGGCUGGUCAGUGCAGCGGUGUACAUGGCCAAUGCCGCCUCCAGCGCACCCGGCAAGGUGGUGGCUGUCUGGUUUCCCAUCUCUGCAUUUGUGGCGCUGGGCCUGGAGCACUCUGUGGCCAACAUGUUCAUGGUCCCUUUGGGCAUUGCGCUUGGCGCCAAGGUGUCUUUUGCAACAUUCCUGACCGCCAACUUGCUGCCAGUGACCUUGGGCAACAUUGUCGGGGGUGCAGUGUGCAUUGCUGCGGUUUACGCUGUCUGCUUUGGCAAGAUGGGGCAGUCUCUCCCAUGA